AUGACGCCGAGUACCGUGAGCAUCGAUUGUAGAUAUCACAAGGUGCAAACUUUCCCGAGCAUGCCUAUACACUUGGCUGGUACAAUCGUGGGCACCAUCAAUGGGAAAAUAUAUGUAACUGGAUAUUGCAAUAAUGACUUUAAGAAGGUUACGAUGGUAGUGUUCAGAAACACAAAUGUGGGAGCCAGAGAUUAUAAAGCCAGACAUGGAGUUAGGUCUCAUGCUAAACUCACUUACAAGGAGAGUACAUGGGGAACAGACGAGAUGCUAAACUCAAAGAUGUGGGUGGGAUGGUGUGCUGAGAUUUCACUGGAAAGAAGACAAGGAGGGGAGGUUUGGGGUAAAUUGAGUGGUGUGAUCAGAUUAUGGUUCCUGAGAAUCUUCUCUUGA